CCUGAUGAUACACAUGACAAUAUAAAAGGACUAAGGGAUGCUCACUGUUUAGAGUCUGAGAAAGUGCAGAUGGGCUACUAAUCCUAAUAAAGUCAUUAUUCAUGUUUCAAACAACCCUCCCAAAUGGACGCCAAUUUCACCUUUUUGGAGUUUUGCUGGCUGUUUUAGGAAACUUGGUAAUCAGCAUUUCCCUAAAUAUUCAGAAAUGUUCUCAUCUUCAGUUGGCGCACCAAGAGCAGGCAAGGCCCUUCUUCAGGAGCUUGCUGUGGUGGGGCGGGGCUCUCCUGAUGGCCCUGGGAGAGACAGGGAACUUCGCGGCCUACGGAUUUGCCCCCAUCACUCUCAUCGCUCCCUUAGGCUGUAUGUCUGUUACAGGUAGUGCCUUUAUUUCUGCUAUGUUUCUGAAAGAAAAUUUGAGAGCCUCCGAUGUACUAGGUAUGACAUUGGCAUUUGCAGGAUCGUAUUUGUUGGUGAACUUUGCUCCAAACAUAUCCCAGGCUAUCUCUGCAAGAACAGUACAGUAUUACUUUGUUGGCUGGCAGUUCCUGGUCUAUGUGAUUUUAGAAAUAUUGAUUUUUUGCAUUCUCCUAUAUUUCUAUAAAAGAAAAGGAAUGAAGCACAUUGUAAUUCUACUAACGCUGGUGGCACUUCUAGCCUCAUUGACUGUUAUUUCAGUGAAAGCUGUCUCAGGCAUGAUCGCUUUUUCUGUGACGGAUAAAAUGCAGCUAACGUAUCCCAUCUUCUAUAUCAUGUUGAUCAUCAUGAUAGCAUCUUGUGUUUUCCAAGUCAAGUUCCUGAAUCAAGCCACGAAUCUCUACAGUACAGCGACGGUGGUGCCCAUUAACCAUAUUUUCUUUACAACCAGUGCCAUUAUUGCAGGCAUCAUAUUUUAUAAGGAAUUCCUUGGUGCAGCUUUUCUCGCCAUGUUUAUAUAUUUUUUUGGGUGUUUUCUGUCAUUCCUGGGUGUGUUGUUGGUCACAAGAAACCGAGAGAAGGAACAUCUGCCACAGUCUUACAUUGAUUUGGGGAAUAUUCCCGGGAAACAGACGUUGGAUAAAAUACAACCAGAUUCAAACGGUUUAUCCUGUGGAACGUUGCCUGAUGGAAGUGACUCAACAAAGAGCCAAAGUGGAGAGAAGAAAGAGGUCUGAAGUGCCGAGAGCGAUGGCCGUGGGCCUGUUACUCGAUCCCACCUUCUUAAAAAGCCGCACAUGUUCCAUUUGUGUCAGCAGCUAUUUAUCGCUGACAUGUGCUCGCGUGCGUUCCAGGUCUCUGCCCACCUCCCUCCCGUGGACACUGGGCCCCCCUGCGCCCUGACAGUCUAAUGUUCGCAUGGAAUGUAACUUGAAGUGCCCCCCACCCCCGGGGCCUCUCCCUAGCGAGCCUCUGACCGCCUGGACCUUGAUGAGAGCCUGGCUGCCCGAGCAGAGCCGCCACGCAGAAACGUGCCCGUGAUCUGGCCGCUGCUCCCAGCGUCCGGAGUGCCGGCUGCUUUGCUUUAAAGAGGCACUUUCCCCCGCAGCCUGACUCCUGGAACCCAGGUUUGAGAGCAAUCACUUUUGGAAAUCUUUUCUCAGACGCCCCAUAAAGGUCUCACCUUUCUGUUCCUAAAUAAGAACGAGGAGUCAUCUUUUCUGAAAACCAGCCCUACUGUGCCCCUCCUUUAAACAUGAAGGGUGCCUUUAAGUUCGAAUUUACAAGUGGCAUUCUGAGAUGGGACAGACCAAAACUAAAGACCUUGCCGGCUUCUUAAGCAAGGGAAAAAAAACCUAAGAACUAGGACCAGUUUUUUAAAUAACAAUACAGAACGGUGAGGUUUCCUUCCGCUAUGAAGAUCCUGUUACACUUGAAUUGAAACGGAAGAAAAAACUUCAUAUUCUAUGCCUUCAUUUGCUUCGCUGUUAUAAUUUAUCAUGUGGGUUUGUAUGUUGUAACUCUUAACACGUCUCCAAAAAAAUCAUAUUUAAAUUCCUGGUGAUAUUUGCACUAACACAGCGUUUCUCCCCUACGUCAUUAUUUCAAGCUUCAUAAAUUCGCCCGGGUAAAAGGAACAGUUACAGAACGGGGUCCCAGCCAUUUAAAUCCUAGACAAGGCACACAGCCAGGGGGUCCAUCUGAGUCUAGAGAGGAAGGCCAGGGCUCCCGUCCCCCGGAGGUCUUUUCUGUUGCAACUAAUCACAAAUCAGCUAAGAUCACAUACACAGGCAGCGUCCAUCAUCAUCAGCUACUUAGGAAUCUACCUAACGUUUACACGAGGAGAAAAGAGUUAGCCUUCAGGUCAUUUCAGAACCUUCAGGUCACCUCUGACACUUCAGGACUGCAAGGUUCCGGCCACUGGGCUUGCCUGGCUGCAGGUCUUUGAGCAUAUUCAUGGUCAGACCCUGCGCUCCUGACCAGACCAACCAAACGUGGCCACCAAGGCAAGACUCAAAUCUAUCGCCAGCGUGUGCAUAAUAACCUAGAGCCCGUGCCUGGCUGUUGAACUCCUGCCAUUGUGGAAAGGGCCCCGUUAACGCGAAUAAAACAGUCGUAAUGUUAUGGCAUGUUUUACUGAAUUGGUCCAGCAUGUUGGCACUGGAAGGUUCGGCUCGGAAAUGUGUCUGGUGUCUUAACUGACAGACUUCCGGUGACUCUUAAAACUGGUUCAAAGAUGGGGAAAACCAUUCGACUAAAGAGUUUUACCUGAAGGACUGAAAUUAUAGCUCCAGCACUUGAUUUUGAGCAUUGUAGAAUUUUGCACAGACACACUUUAAAGAUCACCAACAUUUGCAUCUUUUUUAAAGUUUUGAGAAAUGGCAUUGACUUGCAAGUGUGUGUAUAUAUAUAAGCAAUGGAGCAAUGCUCUAGAAGUCCAGGUAACAUAUAAACUAUAUUCAGGUCUAAUUUUACUUUCCAUAUUGCUGCCCCAAAAUAAGGCGAAUGAGAAUUUCAGUUGUGCCGGCUUGCAAAGAUGUUUUAAAAUCACACAGUGCCUGACAACAACCAAAGCCAACCCAGGCUUCUUUUGGCAUCAUGAGGCAGGGACUUUUAGCCAACACUUGACUCAUCUGACUAUUUGUCUAGACCAGGGGUCUGCUCCCUUUUCCUUUAGAGACCCAGAGAGAUGAUGUUUUGGGCACGCUGGCCAUACAGUGUCGCAACUACUCCACUCGGCGGUGGUAGCAUGGAUGCGGCCACAGACACUACGGAAACGAAUGAGUGUGGCUGUGUGCCUGUAAAACCUCAUUUCCACAAGCAGAUGGCCGGUCCUCGGGCUGGAGUUAGCCAACCCCUGGCCUAGACUCCUCUGCCCCCGCUCUACAGCUUCUUUCUCGUUCCUUGGGCACCCGGGAGCUCAAAAGAGCACCAGUUCACGGUUCAUGACAAGCUAAUACUCGGGGAGGGUAGAACCAUGUCUCGAUAUUACCAUCAGGAUCUUCUUGCUUAUAUAUAUAUACAAGAUCCAAAUGGUAGCUGUGAGGUCAUUACUGGUGCUGAAGUUCCUCUCUUACAGGCCUCGGUUCUUGUGUGUGUGUGUGUACCACCACCUCUAUUGGAAAAGUCUCCCAACCCCACUCUCCAACUUGAUAACAGCGUCAGAAAUGACUGGUGGUUACCUGUCUUGUGGCAGAGUAAAGCAGAAGUCUUUACUACCUGGUUGUUUUCAGUUUAAAUGCCUGCUUGCCCUGUAUUGCUUUUGCUACCUUGAAUCACUUGAAAAAAAACACAAUAAAAAACUUCUCAGGCUAUGA